AUGAAUAAGGUCGUACAUGAUAUUCCCCUGAGCGAUCCUGAUUCUAACUCUCUAAGUGAUCAUUUGGUGAGUAUAAUUCCUCAUCCCAAAUUCGUCGUGAAGACCAGAUUGCUUAAGCCAUUCAGGAAUUCACCGGCUAGGACCAAACUCUUUGUAAAUGUUUGCUCUAAUGCGAAUGUUCCAUUGCCUUUAAAUCUAUCAGACCCUAUAGAUUGGAAAUCUCUUUUUCUUUCCAUUGCUAAUGAUGAAUGGCAGAUACCUAUUCUUCUCUCUCCUGACCUGAGAGACGGAAAAGAUAAAUCUGGGAAUUCAGCUCUCAUAAUUGAUUGCAUUCUAAAUGAGAGAGCUUUUAAAAUGAUACUUUCGAACAUCUCGUUUAGAGACAUCGUCAUAGAAUGGUGUUUUGAUGCAAUCGAAUCGCGAUUCGAUGAUAAUAUACUCAUCGACAGACAAAUUAAAACUUUGCCUAAAAGAUCAUGUAUGGGAGAGCUAUUAACGUUUCAAACAAAGAUAUCAACAUUGAGAGGACUCAUAAAAGCAACUGCUUCUCCCUACGAACACAAUCAACUCACAUAUUCAAAUGCUUCUCAAAUCGAAUCUCGAGAUGACAACUCUACAUUAAAACCUUUGCCAACGGCGAUUGCGAAAUCUUGUGACUUCAAAUCCAUUGGAUCAAAAGAAAGGACAGUAAUACAUCAGAAUUUAAAAGGAUGUGCUUACUCUCUUACUAACUCUCUUAAAUGUGCUCCUCAGCUUAGGAUGUUAGAUCCUGAAGAAACGGAAGAUUCUUUUAUUGCUCAUAUUGAGUGCCCAGUUCCAAAAGUUUGUGAUAAUGAGUUCAAGUUGAUGUACAACAAAAAAUCUAAUUGCUUAAUCGUGACAACCUCCUCCCCAAUAAACGAUAAUCCACCCAUCAAGAUUCCUUUGGCAGGUCUAAUACCUAGUCUUAUCGAGGCAAUUUGUGCUAAGAAUGAAAACGAGGUAGACAUUUUGCAUGUCUUUCUCAAAUAG